UGCAAACUCAGUUCUUUGCGUUCAUUUCAUUCUUGUCCUCAUUCCGCGCAUACUUCACAUCGCUGUUAGAUACGCGGAAUUGUCGCGCUCUUGCGCUCGCACGAGAAGGAAAAACGCGACCAGCUGGAAAUAAAUCCGUGCGUGUGCCCGAUCCUAUCGCGAGCUUCACGCGCGUUUGAAAGACUGAGAUUGUACAAACACCAGCAGAGAUUUUCAUCACUUGUGGAUUUUCCUGCGAUCCGUGCCAGCUGCUUCACCACAAUCUCGCUAACUGUUAGCGUUCCCCAGGACCAGGCUCGGAGGUCCCAGCCUUUGCCAUGGAUCCCAGCAGUUGGAGUGGCAGCGAAAGUGCCGGGGAGGAUAUCGAAAGAAUGAGCGACUCGGCUGAUAAGCCAAUGGACAAUGACGCUGAGGGCGUAUGGAGUCCUGAUAUUGAGCAGAGCUUUCAGGAGGCCUUGGCUAUCUACCCACCCUGCGGCCGACGGAAAAUCAUCCUGUCCGAUGAGGGGAAAAUGUAUGGUCGCAAUGAAUUAAUCGCCAGAUACAUCAAACUCAGAACGGGAAAGACAAGGACAAGAAAGCAGGUCUCCAGUCACAUUCAGGUUCUUGCCCGACGGAAAUCCAGAGAAUUUCACUCCAAGCUAAAGGACCAUACUACAAAAAAUGAUGCGAUCAACAGGAUGGCAGCAAUGUCUUCUGCACAGAUCGUCUCGGCCACGGCCAUCCAUAACAGACUGGGGCUGGCAGGGAUCCCACGACCCACGUUGCCUGGGGCAGCAGGGUUUUGGCAGGUGUCAACAGGACAGCCGGGAUCAUCGCAAGACAUUAAGCCAUUCACGCAACAGAAUUAUCCAAUCCAGACAGCCACAGCCAUCACAGCUUACGAGUCGCCGACACCCCCAUCAAACGCAAGGCCGGCUUGGCACGGGCGGUCCAUCGGCACCACCAAACUACGUCUGGUAGAGUUUUCAGCCUUCCUGGAGCACCAGCGGGACCCAGAGUCGUACAACAAGCAUCUGUUUGUGCACAUCGGCCAGACGAAUUACUCGUACAGCGACGCGCUCCUGGAGACGGUGGACAUAUGUCAAAUCUUCGACAAAUUCCCAGAGAAGAAGGGCGGGCUGAAGGAGCUGUUUGGAAAAGGGCCACAGAACGCCUUCUUCCUGGUCAAAUUCUGGGCUGACCUAAAUUGUAACAUCCAGGAAGAUUCUGGAGCGUUUUACGGUGUGACCAGUCAUUACGAAAGUUCAGAGAAUAUGACAAUCACCUGCUCGACAAAAGUCUGCUCUUUCGGAAAACAAGUGGUUGAAAAAGUUGAGACAGAAUAUGCACGUUUUGAGAACGGCCGUUUCGUGUAUAAAAUCAACCGGUCCCCAAUGUGUGAAUACAUGAUCAACUUCAUCCAUAAACUGAAACAUCUGCCUGAGAAAUACAUGAUGAACAGCGUACUAGAGAACUUCACCAUCCUACUGGUGGUGACGAACAGAGAAACGCAAGAGACCCUGCUGUGCAUGGCCUGCGUGUUCGAGGUCUCCAACAGCGAGCACGGCGCACAGCAUCACAUCUACCGCCUGGUCAAGGAUUGAAGCUCCGCGUCACGUACGAAUCAAACUUAAGAAGAUUUCAGCUCCCUGCUGGCCACAGAGAGGAAAAAGUGAACAGUAGAGACUUUAUAUUCACUGAGACUUUAAGCCAAGGCAACUACACACAGCCGAUGGCUGUAGUAGAGGACUAAAACAAGCCUUUUCGAUGACUCACAACCUCAAUUUAAGCGGCUGUGCCUGGAUCAGUCCCACCCAGAAGGCUUUUGUCACGUUUUGGGUGGGGUCUAAAAUAAUUACAUUUAUUAUCAUUUUUUGUCAUUCGUGUUUUGGUGUUUGUUUGUUUGUUUGUUUUCGGUAAAUUGGAGGUACGGUUUUGUUACGUUAUUUGUUAUUAACCUGGUUGAUGUGUUUAACUGACAUCGUUUCGGAAGGAUGUUGCUUAUAUAAAGUUGUAUCGGUAUAGUACACGCAAGCUUUUGUUUCUGUUGUGCUAUCUGUUAUUCUCACACUGAACACUAAGACUUUUACCCCCGGGUGUUUUUCACUCUUAGUGAAUUUAACUUUUUUUUUAAAAGAGCAUUAAAAAUGUACUGUAUUAUUUAUGUGGAACCACCUGCCUUACGCUGCACACGGGCUCUUUCAGUGUGACAUACGAUUAAAGAUACUAAAACACUAAAGCGUUUUCUUAAUACAAUUGAAAAAAAUAUCAGGCCACAGGAAAUGUUAAAGACACACAGAUACAAACAGCUUUUCGUGUAUCACCACCUGUUAUUUAGGUUAACCUAUUGGUCAGUUUUGUUUGUGAAUUUUCAAUGUGUCUUUGGAUUUAUGAUCACAUUAGUGUUUUUCAAAAAGUCUUCUUUUCAAAUUAAGAUAUUACAGAAGAAAGGGAAUUUACAUAGCAAAAUCACCAAAGCAUACUGUGCCUUAGUGUCUAGCAUCACAGAUUUAGUCUAAUUCUCCCUUGGCGUUUGUAUUUUGUCCUACACAUUUCAGUCAAGUCGGUCAAAGAAAAGUAGGUCUUGUACACCAAAUAAAUCCGUCCCAUCACUUCUGUUCAUACCAUGGUUAUGCUACAGGUGUUGAAAGUGCCUUUUGUGUUUUUCAGCUCAGAAAAGAUUUAAAAUGUGGACACCAAAAAAUAAGUGAGUUAUAUUUGGAUUAUAUCACCACAAUGCCUUUGACAUUUUAAGUCUUUUGCAAGCUGAGGAGAAAUUAACUCUGAAACUAGAUGAAUGAUAAAUGCUUUCUCUUGUGCAUUUUGCUACUGGACUUGCGGUCACCAACAACGCAAUAUUGCUUGAUGGGGCAAAAUGCACAGAAAACCCUGUAUAGAAAAUCCAUGGAUUUUAGUAUCAUGUACAGUAUGUGUGGAGAUGGCUGAUAAGAUUUUAUAUACACAAAGGCAUCAAGAGUUACAAGAAAAGAAAAAAAUAAUUGGCUAAUGGUUCAGAAAUAAUCAAUUUUAAAGUGUUGAUCUCAGUUUAUUUGUCCAGCAAGAUAUAUUUUUGGUCACCCUUGUUUUAAAUGUUUUUCAAAGUAUGUGUUAGUAAACUGCACACUAAUGUAUUUAAUGGCAUCAUGAGUUCUUGUUCAUUUGUUUUCAGUAAGAGAAUAUGUUGUCUGGAAAGCACUGAAUAGCUUUUUUACUAGAUGUACUCUUUUGUCAAAUGAUUGUUUUCAAUUGUGUGUUUUUUCGUUACAUUGAAGAGAUGACACAAAAAAAAAACGAAAUGAAAAUAAACUUUUAGUGUUGGUAC